CCGCCCACACGGCGUUGCUAUUGGUUGAAGGCUUGGGAUAUUCGCAGCGCGCUGCACGCUGAUUGGCUGCGAGAAGCGGCGGCGGGUCACUUCCGGGAAUGCCCGCGGCGCGGCGCUCCGGCAGUGCCCCCCCCCGGCACCAUGAGCACCGAGACCUUCGUGAAGGACAUUAAACCGGGGCUCAAGAACCUCAACCUCAUCUUCAUCGUCCUGGAGACGGGCCGGGUUACAAAGACAAAGGAUGGACACGAGGUGAGGACGUGUAAAGUGGCCGAUAAGACGGGCAGCAUCAACAUCUCGGUGUGGGACGACGUGGGGAACCUCAUCCAGCCCGGGGACAUCAUCCGCCUCACCAAGGGCUACGCCUCCGUCUUCAAGGGCUGCCUGACGCUGUACACGGGGCGAGGAGGGGACCUGCAGAAGAUUGGCGAGUAUGGAGGCUGG